AGCCCCUGCCCAAUCUCUUUCUCACCGUCUGCGACGCAACAGCAGCACCGCUGGAUUCUACCAGCGGCUGGCCGUAGCCCUCGAGCUAUCAUUCACCGUCUGAUUUCCACUGCAAGUCUCUCUCUCUCUCUCCCUCGACCCAUCAUCCAGCUUCUGAUUUUCACUUAUAAUAUGAAGAACAGUUCUCUUCAAUGGCCACAGAGGGAGCUUGAAAACUCUGCUGAGAAUGAUUUGAUGCUGCUUAAGGAGCAAAAGCGGGAAAAAGAAGCUUCUCUGAAUAAAAUAAUUCAGUUGGAAAAGAAAUUGAACCAGAAACAGGCAAUGGAGUUGGAAAUUGUGCAACUAAAAGUGCAGCUAGAAAAUGAUAUGAAGAACAGUUCUCUUCAAUGGGCGUUCUGGUGGGCGAUCUGGGAGAAGCAAAAAGGUGAUGAGGAUUUCUUUAGGCUGGUUAAAGAGCAAAAGUUGGAAAAAGAUGCUGUCCUGAAAAAAAUACUUGAGAUGGAAAAGAAAUUCUACCAGAAAAAAGUAUUGGAGUUGGAAAUUGAGCAACUGAAAGGGAAUCUACAAGAAGACAAUGAUUUAGCUAAGAAGAAGAUGCUAGAAAUGACGAAAGACCUGGAUGUUAAGGGAGAAGUUGAAGACUUGGAAUGUCUCAAUCAGGUCAUUGUUGUCGAAGAACAUAAGAGCAAUGAUGAGCUGCAAGAUGCCCGAAAAGAACUAAUUACUAAUGAUAUGAAAAACAGUUCUCUUCAAUUGGCAACUUUGGAGCAGAAAAAGGCUUAUGAGAAUGUCUUGAGGCUGGUUGAAGAGCAAAAGAGGGAAAAAGUAGCUGCUCUGAAUAAAAUACUUCAUUUAGAAAAGAAAUUGGACCACAAAGAGGCAUUGGAGUUGGAAAUUAAGCAACUAAAAGGGAACCUACAAGUAAUGAAGCGUAUGGAUUUAGGUGAUGAUUUGGCAAAGAAGAAGAUGAUAGAAAUUGUGAAAGACCUGGAAAGUCUCAAUCAGGUUCUCGUGGUCAAAGAACGUAAGAGCAAUGAUGAGCUGCAGGAUGCACGAAAAGAACUAAUUACUGGUUUAAAAGAGAUGUUGAGUGGUCAUGCAAUUAUUGGCAUCAAAAGAAUGGGCGAGCUUGAUGCAAAACCAUUCCAGGCGGCUUGUUCACUGAAGUUUUCAGGAGAAGAAGCACAAAUUAAAACGAUGGAGUUAUGUUCCCUAUGGGAAGACAAUAUAAAAAAUCCUGCAUGGCAUCCUUACAAGGUGGUCUCAGUUGGAGAUAAACAGGAGGAAAUAAUAGAUGAGGAUGAUGAAAAGUUAAAGGAACUAAAGAAUGAGUGGGGUGACGAGGUUUUCGAGUGUGUAGCUACAGCUUUGAUGGAGAUGAAUGAAUACAACCCUAGUGGGCGAUGUGCCAUACCAGAGCUAUGGAAUUUCAAAGAGGGAAGGAAGGCAACGCUGAAAGAGGGCGUCCAAUAUAUACUAAAGCAAUGGAAAACUCGUAAACGCAAGAGAUGACAAAAUGAAGGUUGGUAGUCCAAUGUUGCAUUUGAGUGUUCUGUUAGCAAAUUCUGGGACAAGUCUAUGAUGAUGAUGACAGUGGCGAAGAUUGUCAAACUACCUAGAGUUGAUGGGAAGUCUAAUUGGUAUGAACUUCUAAGCUGAGAUGCAUGCACUCACAUGAUAUUGUGACGAUCAAAGCCAGUGGAUCUGAAUUACUGCUAUUUGCAUGCA